CAGCGCUCAGGGGCUGCGUGACGUAUACGAGGAAGUAUAUUCCAUACACCUGCUAGAGAGAGUGGAGGAGACUGAUGCUCGGAGAGCGCUCGGCCUCUCAGUCUGUCCCGGUGGAACCACUGUGUGAGUGUGUGUGUGUGUGUGUGUGAUGAGGCCGUAGUGUACGAGCUUUAAGAUGAACAUCCUGGUGGCCAAGCUGCUCGGCCUGCUGGGAUUGUUUGGCCUGGUGCUGGCGGGGGUGCUGGUCCCGGUGCGCCUCCUGCUGGCCGACUACAACAAGGCACACAGAUACCGCAGAGCUCUGUCGCUAGGCAACUCGUUCGGAGGCGGCGUGUUCCUCGCAACGUGCUUCAACGCUCUGCUGCCCGCCGUCAGAGACAAGGUGUCCGUGGUGUUCCAGCAGCUUCAGAUCAGCAGUGACUACCCUCUGGCCGAGACGAUGAUGAUGGUGGGCUUCUUCCUCACCGUGUUCGUGGAGCAGACCGUGCUGACCUUCCGGAAGGAGAAGCCGUCCUUCAUCGACCUGGAGACCUUCAACGCGGGCGGCUCGGAGGCCGGCAGCGACUCUGAGUACGACACGCCCUUCAUCCCUCCGGCGCGGGCCUCGCCGGGCGCUCACCGUUCCCACGGACACCACCACGGACACUUCAGCCCGGCUGAGCUGGCGGGGGCGGGGCCUCUGAGGCUCGCCAGCCUGGUCUUGGCGCUCUCUGCGCACUCCGUGUUUGAGGGUUUGGCGCUCGGCCUACAGGUGGACGGCGCCAAGCUGGGCGGCCUCUUCCUCGGCGUCGCUGUGCACGAGACGCUGGCCGCCGUGGCGCUCGGGGUGAGCGUGGCGAAGGCGUCGCUCGGCAUGAAGGACGCCGCGAAACUGGGCGUCACGGUCAGCCUGAUGAUCCCUCUGGGCAUCGUGGUCGGGAUGGGCAUCGAGUCGGCGCAGACGCUGGCGGGCAGCGUGGUGUCGGUGGUGCUGCAGGGACUCGCCGCCGGCACCUUCCUCUUCGUCACCUUCUUCGAGAUCCUGUCCCGAGAGCUGGACGACAAACGGGACCGGCUGCUCAAAGUGCUCUUCCUCAUCCUCGGCUACGCGGCGCUCGCCGUGCUCGUCUUCAUCAAGUGGUGACACGUGGGGAGCGCUCGCUCAGAGACACGGGGAGCGCUCGGACAUGCAGGGAGCGCUCGGACACGCGGGGAGCGCUCGCUCAGACACGCGGGGAGCGC